ACGUCACACGUGUACAGCGUCCACUUACGCCAAACUCCAGUGGAGAUGAAGUCGCUGAUUAAGUUGAUCAACGCUGAUUAAGUGAUUAGUGGUUCGCAGAGAUGCUGCAGUGGAGGGACAGGAGUCCUCAGCAGUGGCAGGAGUUCGUCAAUCAGGAGGUUUGUGUAACCGCUCACGAUCAGCAGCGCUUCGAGGGACGCGUGUUCACGGUGGACCCCGUUUCUGCCAGUGUGGUGCUGGUGAGUUUCCCGGAGACGAAGCGUCCAUCGGUGCAAGUGGUUCUGGGUCACGCGGUGACAGACGUUCAGAUCCUCGCGAGCGGAACGAAGGAAUCGGAGAGUCGGAUGAAGAGCUUGUUCCUGCCGGACAGAGCGCAGGUCCUCAGCGCCGACGAGCUGAAGUCUCGGAGGGAGAACCUGCGCGUGUGGCUGGAGAAGAACCGAGUCCCGGUGACCGAAGACGGGGAUGUUCUUCGUGUGGCGAGUGUGUUGAGCAUCAGCGCCCCCUACAGCACUGGAGACUGCAACUGCGCCAACGAGAUCAUUCUGGCCAGAGUUCAGAGUCUCGUCGAGAGCAUCCCUGGAGAACACACUUCACUCGCACAAACCUGA